AUGAGACGAAGGUCCAGGGAAAAGAGUCCCACGGUGUUCUACAUCCGGGAACUCGUCGUUGAGGAUUCGAAAAAAAAGGAGCUCAGGAAGAUCUGGGCCGAGGAAAAUAUGGAGUUCCUCGGAAACCGCGUGGGAAUGGACAAGAUUCGAGCAAAGACGUCCACGGGGAGGUACCUGGUGGACUUUGUUAAUAACUCCUGUAUCCAUGGGCUGAACCACCUGGCUGCACCCCAUAGACACGUGUUGGAAAGAUUCCUAGCGGUCCUCUUCAUCGUCGGAGCCCUGGGUUGUCUGAUAGCCCUGUCCAUCACAUUUUGGAAUCGUUAUCAACACCAGUCCACCGUGGUGGUCCUUGACCAUGAUUACAGGUCCUUUUCCAUCACAAAACCAGCACUAAUCGCGUGUCCUGUCGAAGCUGCAGAUCCUACGAGCUUCCCAGAGGUCUUCAAGAAAUACGGGAUCAAAGACACGCCGGAGGCCAGGAAUUUCUUUACGUUCAUCUCCAACGUCACUUACGACACCAUGACUUCGACUCCUGACUACGAAGAGGUACACCCUGACCAAUGGUUGCGAGUUCUUUACGACCUGAGACCAGUGUCCAUCCUCUACGAAGGAAAUGCAAUAAAAAUACCCACCUGGGUGGUAACGGAAAGAGGGAUUUGCUUGACCUUCCGCAACUUGGUCGGGGUUUACUAUUCCAUAGAGUACUGGCUCGCCAACAAUUGGACAGUCGCCCACGUGGAAGAUGAACUUCAUUAUUACUCCUACAUGGAUAGAACUGCCAAAGAUAUCAUGAGCAUAAAGAACCACGACAUCAGGGUGAGCCUGUUCCAUCCCAACGAGGUGUUAGAAUUCAAGGACGACCAUUACCAUGUGCCUCCGAUCACGCUACUCUCCCUUACGCUUAUAAUUACCGAGACCAGCAGUUCUGAGAGGGUGAGGAAGCUCUCAGUACCCCAGAGAGAGUGCAAGUACUUGCAGGACGGAGGACUAAAUAUGUGGCCGGUUUACUCGUACAAGAUGUGCAUCCUGGAGUGCCGUUACGAUAUCAUAAGGAAAUUAUGCGGCUGUUAUCCGCACUUUGCGCGACCCAUACCCGGAGUGCCGACCUGCAACGUCACUCAGAUGCGUUGCAUAGGGAUGAACCAGAAUCGCAUCGUCAACCUUAAACCGCAUACUUUGAGCAAGUGCGGCUGCAUAUCCAAUUGCGACACGACCUUCUACACCACUGCGGAGUUCAAUUAUCAUUACCUGAAAGCCGGCUCACCGAAGGACCGAAUCACGAUCGUAAGCAUCCAGUUUCCAACUGACAAGUACCACCGGGAGGAGUUCUUCGGGUUGAACAAUUUUCUGGCCUCUGUCGGCGGAGCUGCAGGCCUCUUCCUCGGGGCAAGUGUGCUCUCCUUCGUGGAGAUCUUCUACUACGCCACCCUGCGUCUCUUCUGGUACAGAGUGAACCUCCACCGGAAGAGGAAGCCGAAGAAGAGCGACUCAACAAUCCUACAUGACAACUGAGCGCGAUUUCUAUUU